UAAAUCUCCGACUGCAUUUGAAGGCAUCGUGAAGCCUGUCACGUGCAACAAGCUUUACCGCGAAAACCUGAAGAAAACAGAGGCAGUGGACUGGAGAGGGAUUUUUAAAAAACUAAAUGGCUGCUCACACCUACAUUUCCAUCUCUGAGCUGCAUCCAAACUUCUCCCACCCGAAAGUGGCAGGCAUCGUGAUUUGUAAAUCUGACGUCAGAAGCUUUCCUGACAGAAAAAAUAUCGGCACAGACAGAUUCACUUGUGGCUUCACCGUCAAGGACUCACCCGACUUCUUCAUUAACGUGACGGCCUGGGGAAACGAUGGAUACGUCAACGGGCUCUCCAACAGCUUCAGCGUCGGAGACUGCGUCACCAUUGAAAAUCCUUUAGUUUCCAACAAGGAUCCAGAGAAAGGGGACAAGUUCUGUCCGACAACACCAAGCCUCUACAGGCUGCUGGUGACGGAAGCUCAUUCCCAGGUGUUGUUGUGCGCUGAUGUGGACACGAUCGACAGGCUGCUGCCACUGAUCCACAUGCCCGUGAAGGACUCCAGAGAUUUCUACUCUCUGGGAGACAUCGUGGCCAACGGGCAGAAGCUGGACGGCAUGGUGAUAAAUGUGCUGGCUGCAGUGAAGUCGAUCGGCGAGCCGAAGCAGUUCACCACUUCAGACAGACGCAAAGGGCAGAGGCUGGAAGUGAAGCUCUUUGAUGACUCCGUCUCUUCCUUCCCUCUCAUCUGCUGGGACAGAGAGGCCAUUCAGCUCGUGCAAACUUUGAUACCCAAGGAGACGGUGCUCUUCAUCGCCGACACGAAGAUUAGCUUUGACAGCUUUCGCAACGGCAUGGCAGCGACCGUUAACUCCAAAACCAUUAUCACUGUUAAUCCUGACACGAGAGAAGGCAGCCUGCUGUUCAGCUACGCGAAGGAAGUAUCGGAGUCUGGCGCUCUGGAUCAAGAUGAGAAGCCAGAAGAUGUGACUGUGGAUUCCAUUACUGACGUGUACACAGUGAGCCAGCUGAAGGAGAAGGCCCAGGACAACCCAGAGGCUUUCUUUGGCAUCACAUACAGCUUCAUCUCCAAGCUCGACCUCGACUCUUCUGUUUCGAAAGUCAUCAAGAACCGCUGCUCCAGGUGUAGGUUUCAGGCGACCGAGGACAUGCAGAGCUGCACCAACCAGUUCUGUCCAGGCAGGGAUCAGGUCUUUUCAGCCACCACAGGCUUUGACCUUCUGGUGGACUUUACAGACCACACUGGCACCGUGCAUGCCUGCAACCUCAGGAGCCCGGUGGCAGAAAACACACUUGGCUGCACGACAGAGGAGUUCACCAGCUUGACUGAUGACCAGCGGACUGCGAUGAAGUGGAAAUUUCUUUUGGAGAGAUGUAAAAUAUACGUGAAGAUAUUCCCUUCCACUAAAACGAAGAGCGGGAUCAGAGGGGUGAUCCUGGACUGCUCGCUGGCUGACCCAGGAGAGGUGAAACAGCACAUGUCCGCCCUGCUGCAGCGGCCGUGAUCACAACACACACUGACGGGGCAGGAGAGCACGCAUGCUGCAGGCGACUGUGUUUCUGUUCUGACUGAGACGUUCAUACAUGGGGGCUUUGUGACGGACACAUUCUUUAUUUAUUCAUAUAUUUACACUCUAAACUAAAUGUAUUUAUUGUAACUUAUUUAUUUAAACACAUGUGUUUAAGAAUAUGCUGUUGUGUUGGUUGCUUGUUAAAUAAACCCACUAAUAAGUUCAA